GUCAAAAAAGUCAAUAAAACUAGCCUCUGUAAAUAAUUGAAUUUGUUUUCUACGAAUAAGUAUGGUAAAUUAUAUUAAACAUGUAACAUAAAAUGUGACAAUAAGAAAUUGGUAAUGAGAUUUGCAAGAUGUGUUACACUAUGGAACAUACACUCAAAAUGCUUGUUUAAUAUACGAUACUGAUGAACAAAUAAUGGUGGAACAGUGCUGCGUCGAUGGCUGUCUCUCUGCCAAAGAGGAUAUAACGUAUUUCAAGUUACCAAUCAGCAGGACACUUCGGAGAAAAUGGCUGGACGCGAUCAGGAGCCCCUUCAAACUGACAGACGACGCCGUGGUAUGCAGUAGUCAUUUUCUGGAGGACCAUUACAUGACAGUGCGGGGCAAGCGGCGGCUGAAGCCGAAGGUCGUGCCUUGUGUAUUCCACGAAAAAAUCAAUGAUAAUAAGGACAAUGAAGAAGCCACAGACAAAGAUAAAGGUGAAAAUAUAGACAAUAAGGACGAAUCUCGCGUAGAUAAGACAGAUAGUACCAGCAAUGAUAAUUCCAAUGGAGCCAUAGACAAGGUUGCCAAAAUCUCUGAUGCCAUAGACAAUGAAAAUGAAGACAAUAGAGUUAUAGAGGAUAGCAUAGACAACAGGAAAGGAGAAGAUUUAAAAGAAAAUAAUGAAGAUCCGAAAAGUCCGCAGAAUUGUGCACAGAGGACGCAAGAAGUAGAAUUCUCCCCGAAUAAGGACAUCGAGGAUAUAAUCACUAACUACCAGAUAAAGCAAACGAUACCGCUGUCGCAGAUCGGCGGCGGGCGCGCGCCGGCGCCGCUGGAGGGAGACGCCAUCGAUGUGGAGCGAGACGACACUAGCUAUGUCGAGGUGGCCGUCGCGGGGAAGGGACAGGAACGAGACGAAGACUGUCUGAUGCUGUUGGAAGACGUCCAGGUGGAGGUGGACCCGAGCCUGUUCGAGCAGGAUGAGCACGAGACGAAGAUCGAACAGGUGGACCUGGACAUGGAGUCCAACUCUGACGUCAUAGACCUGGGGGAGAGGCACGAGCUCCCGAUCAGUCUGCUGUCAUCCAGCGACGAAGACGACGUCAUCAUCCAAGAGCCAAAAAUCGACACCAUCGAAGUGUCGGACGCGACCGACGAGGACGACAUCCCGCUGCUGAAGCUCGCGAAGAAGCACAAGAAGUCCAAGAAGAAAGCGAAGAGGAGCCAAAAGAGCAAGGCGAUCAGCAAGAUCAUGAGCUACAGCAAGUACCAGUGCUACCACUGCAAGUUCAUCACGAACGACACAGCCGACUACGAGUACCACGUGGCCUCACACUCGAACGUGCUGCACUGCUGCGAGAGCUGCAGCUACACCACGUCCAGCAAGCUCCUGCUGGCGCGGCACAGGGACAAGCACGCGAAAGAGAAGAAGAACAAGGACAAGAGGUUCAAGUGCCCGCUCUGCAACUACCGGGCGAAGCACAACAUGAGUUUGGUGUACCACAUGAGCACGCACGAGGCGAAGAGUGCGUUUGAGUGCGAGAAGUGUGGCUUCUUCACCAACACCAAGGAGUUGGUGCUGGAGCACUUGCAGUCGUGCGGGAAGGCGUUCCGGUGCAACCACUGCACCUUCACGACCAAGUGGAAAGGCGCCCUGAAGAGGCAUUUGGUCAGCAUGCAUCCGGAUGACCAGGUCGUGGAUGGGGAUUAUGUGCCGACGGGGUGGAGUUAGAAGACAGCGGUAUGAUAGACGGGAAGAAUAUUGGAAGAGUGGAAGGAGAUAUGAAGAAACGGAAAGGAGAGGGGGAAUAAACGAAUUGAGUGAUCAAGAGAUCUGUAUGU